CGAUACUAGAUCAGCUCCACUGCGGCUGCCUUAUACCAUAGCCUUAUGAUGUGCCAGUCUCUCCGAUGAAUCGCCAUCAUUGUUGUUAUUGACUACAAAAGUAAUCUCAUCUAUUUAUUCUUUCUGAGCUUAUGGAAUUUAUACGAGUACCUGCGCAACAUUUCCUAGCAUAGCUCCGUCUGUGUAGUUUCGGACAUUAGCUCUCACGCCCACUCUUUCGACCGUCAAGGCAAUGUCAAGUUCUUUUGAGAAGUCUGUCAAGGGCGGCACCAAGAUAAAGCUUGCUGCGCCCAAGUCCAAAUAUGUCGAGCAUAUCCUCAUAGCCACACACGCUGGCGAGAGCGGUGUCGCAGAGAUUUUUCGUGCCCUCCAAAAUCGAUUGCGAGACUCUACAUGGACCAUCGUCUUUAAGGGUCUGAUCAUAGUGCAUCUCAUGAUCCGAGAGGGUGAACCGGAUGUCACCCUUCAAUAUCUUGCGCAUUCCCCGCGCAAGCUGGCUAUAAGUAAUUUCACAGAUGUCCAGGUUCAGGGUCGCAGUAUACGAUGCUAUGUGCAAUAUCUGCUGGAGCGCUCAAAAGGAUUUCGAGAGACCAAAAUUGACUAUGUGCGGAGCGGUGAGGGUCGACUCAAGCGACUCACCAUCGAGAAGGGUUUGCUGCGGGAAACUGAGCAGGUCCAAUUGCAAAUCGGGGCUCUUGUCAAAUGUGUUGAUAUGCUGACAGAAGAGCCCGAGAAUGAAAUUACACUGACAGCAUUCCGGCUCUUGACCAUGGAUUUGCUGGCCUUGUUCCACGUCAUGAAUGAGGCAACAAUCAGUGUGCUGGAGCAUUUCUUUGAACUGUCGAAAUUUGAUGCUGAGAGAGCGCUGGGAAUCUAUAGGACUUUCACCAAACAGACCGAAGAAGUUGUUACUUUUCUCGGCGUGGCAAGGCAUUUUGAGACCGCAACAAGGCUAGAAGUUCCUAAAAUAAAACAUGCACCAACUGGUCUGACCAACUCUCUUGAAGAAUAUCUCAACGACACAGACUUUGACCUGAACCGGCGGCAAUACCUUGCUCAACAAGAUGCGAGGAAGCGCGGAGGCGCAAGCAAACCAUUUGGGGACUCAAAGCCUGCACCCUCCAAAUUUACGAUUGGCGAGGGCUUCCCUUCCCCCAGCGCCGCUCAAUCUGUACCCUCCAAGCCCGCUGCCAAGGGUCCUGCUCCAGAUCUCAUUGACUUUUUUGACUCUAUUGAGCAGAAUCAACAGCCCAUGUUUGCACCAACUCCGCAACAGCAGCAGAUGCCACAAUUCCAGCAAGUCCCGCAAAUAAUGCAACAGCCACAACCGUCUGGCUUUAUAUCUCCUCAGCAGCAGCAGCAACAGCAACAGCAGCCUUUUACUGCGCCCCAGCAGACAGGAUUUCCUACUGGGCAAUCAGCUAUGCAACAGGCGCCGUUCGGCACUGCCUCUGCUGGGUCCUAUGGCCAGGCGCCUCAAAUUCAAACACAAUAUGCGUCGCAACAACCACCACCGCUGCAGACAACCAACCUGGGAUCUGGAGGCUUCAACAAUUAUCAGUCCCCCAUUACUCAGCCAUUUAGUCCCCAGCAGUCCUCGCUGGCUUCAAUCCCGCAAAACGGCGUUCCAAAUUUCCAGCCGCAAUCACAGCAAGCUGCGCAGCCAUUCUCUCCUCAAAGUCCUAUUCAGCAGCAAUCGACAAAUCCAUUCCGGCAGUCUAUGGCUCAAGAUAUGACUGGUGCCAGCGCAUCGUCAUACUCUACAUUCUCUCCCUCAACAACCACGACCACCUCGCUCCAGAGACAGCCAACAAAUCCGUUUGCAAAACGCAUCUCUCCGCAAGGCACACCUGCCGCAGCUCCUCAAUUGCAGCCAGCUCCCACAGGCACAAAUCCUUUUGCCCGUGACCAGUUUGCAGGCCCUUCAUCCCCGGCUAUCCCCCAACAGCCUGUCUCUACCAACCAGACGGGAAGCACCAAUCCGUUCCGGCAGAGCAUGUUUCACAAUGCACAGACCGGUCAAGGCUGGCAGGCUGGCCAAGGAACCAUGGGUGGAUUUGAGCAAUUGCCCACUGUACCAGUCUUCCCUCGACCUGGACAACCCAGUCAACAAAGCCCUAAUAUUCCUCAACAAGGCUGGAUGUGAGGGUAUACCUUGUCGCCCGCAGCAACUUUGUUGCACUUUUCUGUAAUUUCUAGCAUGCCACGUCAUUCUAUACGCGACGCCGUUUUGUGUCCUUCUAGGCGCAGUCGCAUAAUUUCUGAUACCAACAUUGCGAGUAAGGCAGACGUUCACUAGGGACAGCACUUACCUCCACAAAAACAGUGGUAUUACAAGGGAUGUGUACCUUAUAUAUCCCUUGAUAUGCCUUGUCAUAUACACUUCUUCCCUUCGAGACAUGACAGGAAUGGCCCAUUAUUUUCCCGCUUAACUUUUACGCGCACCUUCAGAUUCUUUCCCUCCUGUCCUUUCGCGCCCCAUAAAUGGGAUACUCUCGUCUCCUUUUUUCAACUUUAUCACGCUACGUCGCACCUUGCUCGCACAUUGCGCUUAGGCUCUACCUCAGGCCCUCAGAUUUUAUCGUUUUUUUUUUUUUUCUUCCGCGAAUAUCCUGCCACGAG